CAAACUGUUUGGAUGAUUGUCUAGACAGAUGGUGCUCAGUGUGUGGAACAGAAGCUGAGACGAGGUAAAGAGGGACAGACUCCAUCUCCGUCAUGGGAUGCUGUAGUGUGACCCAGAGGCAUACUGGAGUGGACGAGGUGGGCCCUGAUGAGAUUGAGCUCCUGGAACUCUCCGGAGACAAUUUAGGUGUGUGGAGCCUGGGAGAAACCAGACUUCAGCUGUCUGUGAGGAACAGCAGAGACGAGCAGCCCCAGCCACCACGCAGACCUACAAUACCACACCUGGAACAAGAGGUGGUGCUGUGGGGAAAGAGCAGAAAUGAGCUCCACCAAAGGAUAUACUCCCAACAGCCAAUCAGGGGCUGGGAGGGCCAAGCUGCCCACAUGUAUGGAGAGAUCAUCCACUCCUCACUGGUGUCUCUCUACAUCAGCUACACACAGGAAACCCGAGAACACUUCCUGGUUUUGUUCUCUUUCCACCUACUCAUCCUUUCUCUGGACCACUCUCGGCAAGACUUUGUUUAUGAGGGCAUUCUUCCCCUUUCUGGACUUUCCUUCCAAGUUGUCUCUCUGGACUUGGACGCGUCACAUUCGCCACACAUGUUUGAAAUCAGCAGUCCAGUGAUGGACUCCAAGGUGUUCACAUGUGCCAGUGCGGCAGACCUACAGAAAUGGAUGCAGCACGCAGAAGACAGGAGAUACAAGGCCAUGAUCCAACCCAUGAGUCCCUCCCACUGCGCUCUCUCCUAUCUAUUACCGUGUGAUGAGAACUGGAAAAGAGAAGAACUGAAAAAAUACUUACUACAAGCUCCAAUAUGGCAAUGGGAGGGCUCGCCCAUACAGCACAUGGGUCAGCCGAGCUACGUAUCUAUUGUCCACAUCAUCAACACACAGAGACAGGGUCUCCAAGAAAGACUGAUGGUACUCUUCCCUCAAGACAUCGUGCUUCUAUCUGUUGACAACAAGCGCCUGACUAUAAGAUAUGAGGGCAGGUUGCCCCGACAAAGUGUCAAAGCAGUUGAGAGGUCAGCCUUGCCUGGACGGCUGGAGUUUGAACUGAUAGGUGAACUGGUGGAGCCGCUGCAGGUCUCUUGUACCUGCAUGGAGGAUUAUCAGAACUGGAUUUUUCAGUUACAACAGCCAGACAGAAGCAACUAUGUUACUGUGAGUCAACCGCCACCUCCGAUAAUGCCAAAGCUGCAGAGGAACAGGAAGGAGUCCCAGGAACCAAUGCUAGCAGCCGACCCAUAUCACAUCAAUGGACGCGGCUGAUUCCUCAGACGGGAGGAAGAGCCUCAAACGUCACUGUAAUCAUAAAUUUGAAACAUGUAGAUAAUUUGUACAUAUGUCUGGUAUGUGCCACAACAUGGAGGCAGAGCAGUGAAGACUUCUCCUUCUAAUCUUUGAUAUAUUGGGUUGAUUUUGUCACUGUGAACAGACAGAACACAGCACUUAAAGCCGUUAUUCAUGUUGGGGGGUAAACUAGUCCUUGACCCAGUUUAAGAGCAGAUCAGAGCUGAAGAAAUGUUAGAUGUAGAAACUGUAGAGUCUCAAAAAUAGCUUAAACUUAGGGGUGAAUAAACUGUAAAUACCUGUAUGUAGCUUUGUUUUACCUUUUCAAAAUAAACUAUAUAAUUUUUUUUAUUCCAAA